GACAAAGGAAACACCAUCGCGUAUUUCUUUUCAAAUGUGCUGCUGCGAAGAAAAUAAAGGCAGAAUUUUUUGCAAAAUUUCCCCAAUAUCUGGUAAAAUAUCAUUUUAAAGUUAGCGCCAUUAGUUGCUUGCAGUAAAAGUAAUCGUAAAAAGGGCAAGAAUUGACGUGAGCUGGAAAUAGCAAUAGCAAGAAGAAGCAGGCAGGUUCAUCAUCAUCAAGGCGAAGAAGACCAAAGUGUAGCGCAAACAAUAUUCAACAAACGAUGAGUGUAGAUACUUACGAUGGCGCGGUCGGAUCCCAAACUCUGACCUUCCUAGACACCGAGGAGAACGACCUGAUCGGGGCGGACACCCAGGGAACGGACUUCGACUUCCGCGAUUUCACCAUUCCCUCGCAGAGCCAAACGUUGGCCUCCCAGUUGGAUCAUCUUGGCGGGGUCGCAGCUGGUCAGAUCAAUGGAUUCGGACGUCGGUUGGGUUCGGAUGUGUCGAAAAUAGCUGGAAUUACCUCCGCUAUCGGGGAGCUCCAGUUCGAGGAAGAAGAUGACGAUGCGUUGUUGCGAGGUCAGGAGCUUCCGCCGCAUGCUUGCCGCUACUGUGGCAUACACGAACCAAGCACCGUCGUCAUGUGUAACAUCUGCAAAAAAUGGUUCUGCAACGGCCGAGGAAGUACAUCCGGAUCGCACAUUGUCAACCAUCUGGUGCGAGCAAAGCAUCGUGAGGUGACGUUGCACGGCGAUGGACCGCUGGGAGAAACCGUUCUCGAAUGCUACUCGUGUGGCGUGAGGAACGUGUUCGUUCUCGGUUUCAUACCGGCGAAGGCGGACUCGGUUGUGGUGUUGCUCUGCAGACAACCUUGUGCAGCCCAGAACUCGAUCAAGGACAUGAACUGGGAUCAGGAACAAUGGAAGCCGCUGAUCGCCGAUAGGUGCUUUUUAUUCUGGCUGGUAAAGGUCCCAACUGAGCAAGAGCAACUUCGUGCUCGUCAAGUAUCUGCGGCGCAAAUUAACAAACUAGAGGAGUUAUGGAAGGAAAAUGUCGACGCUACGUUUCAGGAUCUGGAGAAGCCCGGGAUAGACAAGGAACCCUCUCCGGUACAGUUCCGUUACGUGGACGGAUAUCAGUAUCAGAACAUUUUCGGACCGCUGGUUAAACUCGAGGCGGAUUACGAUAAACGGCUGAAGGAAAGCCAGACGCAGGAGAAUAUUGAGAUUCGUUGGGAUACUGGGUUGAAUAAGAAAACGAUUGCUUAUUUCACGCUGGCCAAAAACGAUGGCGAUAUGAAGCUGAUGCACGGCGAUGAAUUGCGGCUGAGAUAUACCGGUGAAUUGCACAAACCGUGGAGUUGCGUCGGCCAUGUCAUCAAGGUGCCAGAUAAUUACGGCGAAGAUGUUGGAUUGGAACUGAAACAUAAUCACCAAGCUCCUAUUGAAUGCACUUCGCACUUUGCGGUGGAUUUUAUCUGGAAGGGAACUUCGUUCGACCGGAUGCAGAUGGCUUUGCGAAAAUUUGCCGUUGACGAUAACAGUGUGUCGAAUUAUAUCUACUCUCGCUUGCUCGGCCAUGGCAGACAGGACGGUUCGGAUGACGUUACGUUCCGAAUCAAUAAUUUGCCGAAACAUUUCAGUGCACCAAAUUUGCCGGAUUUGAAUCGCUCUCAAGUUUACGCUGUUAAACACGCCUUGCAACGACCUUUGAGUUUGAUUCAAGGCCCUCCCGGUACUGGUAAGACAGUCACCUCAGCCACCAUCGUCUAUCAAUUGGUGCGAUUAAACGGGGGUCCGGUUCUUGUUUGCGCGCCAAGUAACACAGCGGUGGAUCAGUUGACGGAGAAAAUCCAUCGUACCAAUCUGAAGGUGGUUCGUGUUUGUGCAAAAUCUCGUGAGGCUAUUGAUUCCCCAGUUAGCUUUCUGGCAUUGCACAAUCAGAUUCGCAACAUGGAACAGAACAGUGACUUUAAGAAACUACAACAAUUGAAAGACGAAACGGGAGAGCUUAGCUCUUCCGAUGAAAAACGCUAUCGCAUGCUAAAGAAACAGGCCGAACGCGAACUGCUGGAGGCAGCCGAUGUGAUUUGCUGCACUUGCGUUGGCGCUGGAGAUCCUAGAUUACAAAGAAUCAAGUUUAGCUCGAUUUUGAUCGAUGAAUCGAUGCAGUCCACCGAACCGGAAUGUAUGGUUCCGGUUGUUCUUGGCGCAAAACAACUGAUUCUUGUUGGGGAUCACUGUCAACUGGGACCAGUAGUUAUGUGCAAGAAGGCGGCCAAGGCAGGAUUGUCUCAAAGUUUGUUCGAAAGACUUGUCGUGUUAGGGAUUCGUCCAUUCCGUCUAGAGGUCCAAUAUCGCAUGCAUCCCGAGUUGUCGCAAUUUCCGUCUAACUUUUUUUACGAGGGCAGCCUUCAAAAUGGUGUUUGUGCUGAAGAACGUAAGCUCAAAGUGGACUUCCCUUGGCCCUCCCCCGACACGCCCAUGUUCUUCCUUGUGACCCAGGGCCAGGAGGAGAUCGCUGGUUCUGGUACAUCUUAUCUGAAUCGUACGGAAGCUUCUAAUGUGGAGAAAAUUACAACCCGUUUCCUCAAAGCUGGUGUGAAACCGGAGCAGAUUGGAAUUAUCACACCGUACGAAGGGCAGCGGGCUUAUUUGGUUCAAUAUAUGCAAUAUCAAGGCUCGCUGCACUCAAAACUUUAUCAAGAGAUCGAGAUCGCUAGCGUUGAUGCGUUUCAAGGUCGUGAAAAAGAUAUCAUCAUCAUGUCUUGCGUCCGUUCCAAUGAGCACCAAGGAAUUGGAUUUUUGAACGACCCGAGAAGAUUGAACGUCGCGUUGACCCGAGCUAAAUACGGUAUAAUAAUCGUAGGAAACCCCAAAGUUCUUUCCAAACAACAAUUAUGGAACCAUCUUUUGAACUUCUAUAAGGAUAAGAAGGUACUGGUAGAGGGUUCUCUCAAUAAUUUGAAGGAAUCGAUGAUUCAAUUUACGAAGCCCAAGAAAAUCGUUAACACACUGAACCCGGGCUCACACUUUAUGAACAAUAUAAUGUACGACGCAAAGGAGGCAGGAUAUUUCGAAAGAAACCAUGGCUCUGGAUUCGCAAACAAUUCUUUUGGUAACCCUGGACCUGUGGGAAGCAUGAUGAAUGGACCGCGCAACCCGCCGCUAGAUAUGUUCGCUAGGACGCAUGACCCCAUUAGCUACAUUUCACCGGAGCGCGCCCAAGCGGCAAUGAAUAAUAUGCCCGUUCCGGUUGGAAUGUUUAUGAACAUGUCGAAUGUUCCCCCACGUUUCUUCCAGCAGCAACAGGCAAUGCAAGCAGCUAAGCAAGCUCGACGCACCAAGAUCGGCCCCAGCGUUGUCGGCACCAAACCGAAACUGCGUCCUAUUGGACCUCCCUCGAGCCAAAACAAUUCUUCGGGUGCCAUUGGAUCGAGCUCGCUAACGCAGGGAAUGUCACAAAACAUGUCGCAACCAGGAUUCAGCCUAUCGCAGCAACCGGACUUCUCCCAGGAUUACAUGGUCGAGUAUCAAUCCCAAGUGGAUGGACUUUUGUCGCAGGAUUCCACCUUUGGUCAGAGUCAAUCCGCCGCCGAUCGUCUGGUAUUUGAACUACCACCGAAUCAGUUCUCUCAACCGUAUUGAUAGAGGACAGGAUGAACAGGAUGGCGCACAGCCCGGGGGAAUAUUUGAAAAGCAGUAAUAGCAAAAUCGUCUAUGCCAAAUCACCAAUUCGCAGUUAUAACGAGUAAUGAUCAAAAAGAGGAAACAAGGGAAGGUGAAACCCGUAUGGAACCGCAUUAGCAGGGGGUAGGAAACCUCCUUGGUGUACCCUGGUGCUUGUCCCCGCGCCGUCGCCGCCGUCGUCGUUAUCGUCGUCUUGUCGGAUAGGAAAAAUGCGGGAGUAAUCUGGAAUACGGAGAGCGACUCUAAUGCGACAGAAGCAGUGGCUGCUGAAACCUUUUCCCUAGAAACAGCAGCAGCAGCAAGCAGCAUAAAUCUGGAAAAGCAAACAACACAGCUAAAACAACAAAUCUUUCAAUAAAAACCUUCAUCGAUACAGGAUGAUGAAAACCUCUCAUUUGGCUUGAUUCACACUAGUUCUUCCGCGAACAUCGGCGAAUCUAAUGCCAACGGCCGCAGCCGGUGCGUUCUCAUCCACCGGGAUCAUAAGUUCCGAGUCCCGAAGAGAAGGAGGAACAAUGAAUCGCUGAACGGGGUUUGGGAGAUGUUCCUGCAGUAUGUGAAGUUGGGAGUCUAGUUCUUCGAAAAUUCCGUUCCAUUUUUUCCACGUAAACUCAUUCGUUCUGUAGCCUUUGUUUCUUAUUUUGUUCUAUUUUCCGGUUUAACACGUAGCUACUGGUAGAUAGCUAUUGCAUCUAUUCAUGCUAAAGCGGACAGCCUGUGGAAUUCGAUCAACAAACGUUAUCUUAUAUGCCAGUAGAAUCAACACAAAAGACAAAAAAAAAUCAGUUCAACGAAUUGCUAUAUUUUAAUACAGCCUCUAUCGUGUAGAAGGGUUGAUAAGGGGGCGUACCUUUGCGAAUCCAUUCGCUUAUUUUGUUUUGGUUAAUUCUUAAUAAAAAUGACAGAGUCCUCAAUCAAAUUUUAUAAUUAUGGCCGUACAACCUACAAACAUUAAUCGGAACAGUAAGAUUGCUAAUGUUGCAAAAAUAUGUUCAAAGUGCAGACCAUUUUCUAAAUAAAUAGUUUCUU